UAAUUGUUCUCCCUGCUCUUGCUAUUGAUGUUUGUCAUUGACUACUUGUGGUUAAUUUCUUCAAUUUCGCCUGCUCCAGUUUCGUUUUGCAAUUGCUGGUCUUGCUUUGUGGGUUUCGGUAUAUUCAUUGCUAUGGCUGGUAAGGAUGGCAAGUCCACUGAUGCCAAGACUUCUUCUUCCAAGGGAAAGAAGAAGGAAGUCAAAAAGGAGACAGGCCUAGGUCUUUCAUAUAAGAAAGAUGAGAACUUUGGGGAUUGGUACUCUGAGGUUGUUGUUAGUGGGGAAAUGAUUGAGUACUAUGACAUAUCUGGCUGUUACAUUCUGCGACCAUGGGCAAUGUCUAUUUGGGAGAAUAUGCAAACCUUCUUUGAUGCUGAGAUCAAGAAAAUGAAAAUAAAAAACUGCUACUUUCCCCUGUUUGUAUCCUCAAAUGUCCUACAGAAGGAGAAAGACCAUAUAGAGGGGUUUGCGCCCGAGGUUGCAUGGGUAACAAAAUCUGGAGAGUCUGACCUGGAGAAUCCUAUUGCAAUCCGUCCAACUAGUGAAACUGUUAUGUAUCCAUAUUUUUCCAAAUGGAUUAGGGGGCACCGAGACUUGCCUCUGAGGCUUAAUCAGUGGUGUAAUGUUGUGAGAUGGGAAUUCAGCAACCCCACCCCAUUUAUUAGGAGUCGUGAAUUUCUUUGGCAAGAAGGACAUACUGCUUUUGCAACCAAGGAAGAGGCAGACGCUGAGGUGCUUGACAUUUUGGAACUCUAUAGACGCAUAUAUGAAGAAUUCUUGGCUGUUCCAGUUAUUAAGGGGAAAAAAAGUGAGCAUGAGAAGUUUGCUGGGGGACUGUAUACAACCACCGUUGAGGCUUUUGUUCCAAACACCGGGCGUGGUGUGCAAGGUGCAACUUCACAUUGUUUGGGUCAGAAUUUUGCUAAAAUGUUUGAGAUAAAUUUUGAGAAUGAGAAAGGAGAAAGGGCUAUGGUCUGGCAGAAUUCAUGGGCGUAUACUACAAGAACGAUUGGGGUAAUGGUGAUGGUACAUGGGGAUGACAAGGGUUUGGUGCUGCCUCCCAAAGUGGCAUCUCUGCAAGUAAUUGUAAUUCCUGUGCCCUAUAAAGAUGCAGACACUCAGGGGAUCUUUGAUGCAUGCACAGCCACUGUAAACUCCUUGAAUGAAGCAGGAAUCCGUGCUGACUCAGAUUUUAGAGAGAAUUAUUCCCCGGGAUGGAAGUAUUCACAUUGGGAAUUGAAGGGUGUUCCCCUCAGGAUUGAAAUAGGACCUAAGGACCUGGCCAAUAAACAGGUCCGGACUGUCAGACGUGACAAUUCAACUAAAACCGAUAUUCCCAUGGCUGAUUUGGUUGAACGUGUGAAAGCUACACUAGAUGACAUCCACAAGAACCUGUUUGAUGUUGCCAAGCAGAGGCGGGAUGCCUGCAUCCAAAUCGUGCAUACCUGGGAUGAAUUUGUUCAAGCUCUAGGCCAAAAGAAAAUGAUUCUCGCCCCAUGGUGUGAUGAGGAGGAAGUGGAGAAGGAUGUGAAAGCCCGAACCAAGGGAGAGAUGGGAGCGGCUAAGUCGUUCUGCACGCCCUUCGAUCAGCCUGAACUCCCCGAAGGUACGCUGUGCUUCGCAUCGGGAAAGCCUGCAAAGAUGUGGACUUACUGGGGAAGGAGUUACUGAUCAUAUAUUAUGGUAAUCUCUGCACAACUUGGAGAUGCUUUACUUUAAUUUAAUUUGAAUUAAAUUUCAUGAUACUUGAAAUAUAUUCUCAGCCUUGUUCCUCACAAAGGGAUCUUGAGUUUUGGUUCUUAAUGUUGUUAUGAUUUGUGGAUUUUUGACUGUUUACACUUGAAUUUAUUGAUGGUUUUGAUUGUUGUGCUGAAAA